CUCUCCGCUUUUUUUUGAAUAAAUACUACAAAUUAACAAUACCUAUACUGUUAUUUGUAGAGUAAAUAAUUUAUUUGUUGAUACGUAUUUUUCCUGUGUGAUCUACGGGCUUUCUUCAAAAUGCCGUGGGGUUGGGAGUGUAAAGCGAAAAUGAUAAAGCAAGUUCCUGCAAAACCAACUCGACCUCGUAAGCAAGUAAUUGGCGAAGUGCAGGGCCCCGGUCCAAUGCAAUAUGAUACACCAGAAAUUAUUUGUGGAAAAGGGUAUUCUCAUAUAAAACGUUCUCCUGCCUAUACGUUUGGUCAUCGAACACCAAUCCAUUUGGCGAAGCCUGUACUAAAAUCUACAGCCCCUAUUCUUGAUACCUGGGGAAUGGGAGCUAAAGGUCCGUACAAAAUAAAACUUGGAGUAGUAUCACCCCGAGUUGAGACUCCAGGAGACAUAACCAUAACGCCAGGGCCGGCGGCAUACGUCCCUCGCGCCUCGGUACAGUACAAGCGUCCGCCUGCGUUCUCCAUGCAGCCUCCAGCACGACCGCCCUACCAACCCUGGGACCAGUGGACACCAUCGCCUAACAUGUAUUUACCACACCAGCCGGGACAGAAACGUCCACCAGCCUACACCUUUGGCAACGCAGCCUCAGCGUUAGGAUCUCGCACCAUGAUACCCAGCCCCGGAGCCUACGAUCCAAACUUUAAUUACGUUCGCAGAACUAAGCCUGCGUUCUCUUUCGGUGCACCCUACAAGUCCUUGAAUGAACCGCAGAAGCCGGCUCCGAAUACAUAUUGUGAGAAAAAGUUUAUGUACACAAAACCGACUGUACCAGCACCUUCGUUUGGUAUACGUCACUCUCCGUACAUCGGUCGUGCCCACGAAUAUCUUAAGCCACCAGAGCUUAACGUUGCUAUCAGCGGAGAGAAUUAGGUAUUAUGACAUUAAUAUUUUAA